AUGCCAACUCCAUCUUCAAAAUCUGGAAACACCAAAAGCUGCAACAUACUUGAUGAAGAAGAGUCUCUGUUUGCAAAGCACAAAGGAAGAAACAAUGGGAGAAAGAGAGAGGAGCCAUUAACUGAAGUUGGAGGGGGAGGAGGAAGUAGUCGGACUGAUUACCAACGGGUAGAAGAUGUAGAACUUAGGAAGCUGGUUGUUGGUUGGUGUUUAAUGGAGGUUGUUGCGGAGUUGCUGGUGAUGGUCACUGUGCAAUCUCUCGCUGGCACCGGCGGCCCAUACAGGCCCAACGUAAACGGUAGAGAAAGGAAAUAG